AUGCACCAGCUGUUCACCGACCUGUUCGGCACGUACAACAAACACGUACGGCCGGUGCUGCACCAUGACGAGAUCACCAAAGUCUUCUUCGAGAUCGCGCUCUUCAACAUCCUCAGUGUGCACACGCGAGAACAGAAACUCAUCACCAACACAGAGAUGAUAAUGAAGUGGGAAGAUCAUUACCUCACGUGGAAUCCGAAGGACUACAACAAUACUUAUAUGAUACACGUGCCUUAUACUGAUAUUUGGUACCCGGAUGUCAUCCUUUAUAAUACCGCCGACUCCAACUACCUCAACGGGAUAAUCAACAGCAACGCCAUCAUUUCGUACGAUGGAGAGAUCGAGCUCGUUUCCCACGUGAUGUUUCAGUCGACGUGCGAAGUGGACAUCGAGUGGUAUCCUUUCGACCAGCAGGACUGCAAGCUUCACUUCGCUUCAUGGACUUAUGAUAUGACGAAGAUCCAGUUAAUCCAAGGACCAGCUGAUCUGUCAGAGUACACACCACACCCCGAGUUCUAUCUCGAAGACUUCUACUCUGAGCUGAAACUGGCCCAUGACCCUUGUUGCAUUAACCCUUUCUCUACCAUGAUUUACCACGUGCAAGUUCAGCGGAGGACAAUGUUCGCCGUCUUCUUCUUCAUCAUGCCGGGCACCAUCGUUAACUUUUGUGCGCUGCUGACGUUCCUGCUCCCUGCUGAGUCGGGCGAGAAGAUCAGCCUGUCCACCAACGCCCUGCUGGCGAUGAUGGUGUUCCUGAUGGCCAUGACGCAGGACAUCCCGCCCACGGAUCAAGUGCCGCUCAUCGGCAAGUACUACGGCAUCUGCAUCGCUAUGCUGGCCGUCAAUAUAACCUGCUCUGUGGUGACCCUUCGCCUGCAUUUCUCCAUCGGCUCUCCGGUCCCCCGCGCGGUCAGCUCUGUCGCCCAAUUCCUCGGUCGCUUCCUCUUCGUUGACCCGCCGGAGGAACUCAAGGUCAAAUGGAGCAGAUCAUCACACAGAAAGGCUUCGACGCCAGCGAAACGCAGGCCUCGCGAGUGGCUCCACCGGGACCCCCGCUACCUGUUCCCUAAACUUAGUGCGCAGUUCCAGGAUGAUAAACCCGACGUAAUCUGUAGAUGUUUCAGUAGAACGAGUAAUUCUCUUGAGGAAGGUGUGAUGCCACCAACGUUUUAUUCUUUGGAGGAAUAUGUCUGUUCUGCGACAUUAGGAGCUCUUUAUUAUCAACCUCCGCCCAGUGGCCAAUAUCACCGCCAUUGUCCUGCUCUUGUCAUUUUCAAAAAUGCGUCGUAUGCAUAUCCAGGCAUAAUUAACACGUUGAGACCAUACUUUUUGACAAGUAUAGACCUCCACUCGCUUAGUGCGACAUUCGGCGGCUUCCCAACAUUCAGCGGGUUAUCAUAUUCCUCCUUUGGGACAGGCUCCCACAUGAGAAAACUAUAA